UUUCUGACAUACACAGAGACGCCGGAAGAAAAAAAAAAAAACUCACGUUGAGACGUGACGUAGACGUAGGACGUACAGCACGACAGCGCCCUCACGCGGCCCGACUGUGAACUGAGAUUUAAUGAAGUGAAUAGAAUAGAAUAGAAUAGAAUAGAAUAGAAUAGAAUAGAAUAGAAUAGAAUAGAAUAGAAUAGCAUUUCGACUCAGAAUUAAUUUAAUAAGCCAUAAGGAUUCUAUUAUUAUAUUAUUAUUAUAUUAAAAUUGAUGGACUGCCAAAGAUGGACUGCUCUUCGGCAGUGAGGCUGAGAAACAGCUGAGAAAAGGUUGAGAAACAUUCAUUAAUAUAAAUUGUAAUCCUUACCUCGCACAAUGAACAGAAAUGAUCAUAAAAGUACAACAGGUGGAACUGGUGGCCAAUGACCAAACCUCACUAUUUUUUAAAUAAGAAACGAGAUCAGUCAGUGAAGGACACUCAUUUUUCAGUCAAGGCCUUUCCGUGCCACAUGGCUCAACAGAAAAUUGACAUGUGGAAAAAUAUCAGCACUGACAGUGGGACAGUGGACAGACACAGGACACAGCAUGGCUCAUUCUGUGGAUGUUUAAUUUUGAAUUCUAAAAUAAAUAAAGUGAUUUAACAGUGAACAGCAGUCUAGUUGGAACUGCUCCACUCUUGUCUGGAAGUGCAUCUCGUGUGUUCCUCAUCUUCUGGAGAGCAGAGUCAAGUGUCGUCAAACCAUGUUUGUGACAUUGUACCUGAAGAUAAGACUAGAUUCCAGCAUUGAAGCAUCUGAAUUUUUCAGAUUGUUCAUUUUCAGGUGGUUACAAGCAUGACGUAACAAGUCACAUGAAACUGCUCCAGCAGUCAAGAAGCAAAGCGAACAACUCUGCCCUGAAAUCCCUUCAAAUGUCGGAUUAUGUUCAAACUUUAUCGGUGGAAGCUCAGGAGCAGCAUGUUAGGAAACUGAGGUAUCAGACAUGUAUUUUCCCUGAUCCUUACAGUUUGAGGGCAGGAUCAUGGGUUGACGACCCCUCAUGGUGACCAGACAUUAUAUUCGUGCUUUUCCAGUUUUUAAAAUGCUGCCAUGUAAUCACAAAAAUGUUCUGAAACAAUAAUGCAACGAGGAUGCCUUUCCACCUGAAACUCCAGUAAGGUGUCUAAUUUGUGAUUUCUUUUGGGAAGUUGCCCCCGUGUGUCUGCCACGUGUCAGUAGUUUACCUUCAUUUAUGUCACCAAAGUGGCUGAUGAUGCUAACCAGCUCGUAGCAAAGCAUCCUGGGAACCAAACACAACUGAACAUUAUGUUAGCCAUUUGCUCAUAAAUCCUUUAAUUCUUACAAAUUAUUAUAGAUGGCUGGAAGCAGAUUUUCUUUCUGUCUUUUUUUUUUGUCUUAGUGUUGUUGAUUUUCAGGUGAUGAUGGGAGGGGGGGGCAACUUUUGUAAUUGAUGUCUUAUUAGGAACCCAAAAUCUCUCAGUCAGCAAUGUGCAAUAUUUUUUACCUUCUAAAAUAAAAAGCCACCCCAUAGAGGGUUAACCACAAUAUAAUGUAAUUAGUGAGUUUAAAACCUAUAAAACUGUUUUAAAAUCAGACAACAACCAAGUGCCAGUAGGAAUUAUAGAUAGCAUAUCAUUUGAAAUGGGUGUAUUUGCAAAAACUGCUCAAAAAUGAUCACCAUCGUCCUACAUUCCAGUUACUUUGUGAUAAACUGAGUGACUCCAUUAUGUAAUAUUUAUAUAUGUUCAGGUUUCGUUUCCUUUCAGAUAAUGUCCCAGCUGAAUGUUGGUGAGGUGAGUCUGAGAUGCAGAAAAUGUUAAACCACAUUAAAGUUUGUCAUACUUAUUAUGAUAUGAAACAAAUGUUGGGAAAACACACAUUUACACUAAUAUCAAAUCAGAACUUUUUUUUUUUUCUCACUCCCACUCCUGAUAUCACAUAAAAUGUGUCUCCAGAAUACAUCCCAAAAGGAAAAUUAUUGACGCUACAAUAAACAUAACCUCGUCUAUUCAUAUGUUUUUUUCAAGUGUUUGUCUUUAAAGGGGUGGACUUACUGGCAUUGCAUGGUCAGAGUCCAACCAUAGAGAAUCAGAGAUACCCCAGCUGAUCGAGUUAUGGACACUCAGUAUCGCCAGUUUGGAUCAUCUGAGAGCGAGUCUAAUUUUGCAGAGCAGAACGUCACUACUCACACAGUGUUCACAGGCAUGAAGAAGACAGUGAUUUAUGUCCUGUAUGGCAUCUUGGUGCUGCUGCUGCUCAUCCUGCUGAUGGUCGUCGGGAUAAGAUUCUCCCAGUUAAACAAGGAUAUCGCUAACAUCAGACAUCACAUGGAGAGAAUCAGCCACGGAGGAGCAGUUUCAUCAGCCAGUGCAGCCGUGCAGGAGGUGUUAGUGGAUGAAAUUGCCCCAGAUAGAGGAGCGUGUAGGAACGGAUGGUCGUCUUUCCAGAGAAGCUGCUAUCUGCUGUCAAGGUCUGAAGUUAAAUGGAGCAGAGCAGAGCAGCUGUGCAAGGAAGAGGGAGGGCACCUGCUGGUUGUGAAUGAUAUGGAUGAACUGGACUACAUCUCAAAAAUUGUUGAAAUCAGGUUCAACUACUGGAUCGGACUUGUGGAGCGACACAAUGAAGGACACUGGAGCUGGGUGGAUGGGACGGACUUCAGCUCUACCGAAACCUUCUGGGAUGAAGGUCAGCCUGACGACUGGGACUACAGAGAGAACGGAGAGGACUGCGGACAGCUUCAUGGCUCUAACGUUCGCAAACGCAAGCUGUGGAACGAUGCUGAUUGCAACCUGUCGUAUAGGUACAUCUGUGAAGCCCGAGCAUGAGAGACAGCGGACCUCUCUGGGAUGGAGUUCUCUCUCAUCAAUGUGACAGAUUACAGUUUGUCAUGAAAGAAAAAGCACUGAAACUUGCUCACACUGAAU